AUGCUCAGUGGCGCGUCCCUAGACCUACUUUGGUCUGCGCAGUUGGGACUGGCUAACCUCGUGAAGUGUAUGCCUUCUGACCUCUGGGAAGAAAAGGUAUGGCGGUACCCGUGGAGCGUUCCCGGUUGCAACGACCGAGUCGAGUCAGAUCUGAGGCUGAUGAUCCGGAGGCCAAUGUUGCCGGGAGACUGGACACGCUUCCAUUUUUAUGCGCAAAGAGUGCGUAAACUGACCUUGGACAACAACUGGAAAGCUGAAGGUCACUUGUCAAACGAAGACCUCAUGCUACUUGGUCUGUUCGCACCGUCCUCCCCCUUACUCCCCAAUCUACGUAAACUCGAGACAAAACGAUGCUCUUCCCCGGUUCCUUUAGAGCUGUUUCUCAAGCUGCCAGGACCGAAAUUAACCCACCUUGAGAUGGUCGUUUCCGACUCGGAUAAGGUUACAAAUUCCGUUCUGACCCAUCUUCCGACUCUCGUUCCCAAUCUCCGCGUAUUGGAACUCUACCAACACAAAACGCCUUCAAAAGCGCGGCUGGAUCCCAGAGAAUGUUUCUCCUUUCCUAGCGGGGCACUUCGAGGGUUAAAACACCUCGAGAAGCUUGCAAUGUUCGUUGAGUCUCCUCUCUCACAUCAAGCAUUUGUCGAGCUGUCAUCCUUACCUCAACUGUCUUCACUGGAGUGGGAUGUCGAGGCGAAUAUCGAUCAGUUCGUUAUGCCCUUCCGUGGUUCAGAGGCUCACGGAACACCAUCUGCUCUAGAGAACAUCAGGACUUGGUCAUACUACAUAACAUCCUCCCUGGGUUUACUGAAAGCGAAAAAGUGGCCGAAACUUGAGAAUAUUCAACUCACUGCGGCUGAGGCCGGCUGUGAAGACCUCACUACUAUCUGUCAGACAAUCCGGGACCAGUGCUCCGUCUCUACCCUCAAACAUGUCAGCAUCCAGUUUGAGAAGGAAGAAUCUGCGGACAACGUGCCUGGUGUCUCGUUGCGACCGCUCUACGCGUUCCACGGCCUGGAAUCACUUACAAUCGAUUCAGAAUACAACAUCGAGCUCCAGGACGCCGAUUUAGAGGAGAUGGCACUUGCAUGGCCGGGCCUGCAGGAUCUUGCGUUCGUACACGACGAGGCAGACUCAUGGGUUUUCACACCCGCCGCCACCCUCGGCGGCUUGGUCCAUCUCGUCAAAUACUGUCCCAACCUCCGUCACAUUGUGCUAGACGUUGAUGCCUCCCGAACUGACAUAUCCCCAGGCGCGAAACCAGGUGGCGGUUGGUGUAACACGAUGCUGACAGAAAUUGGUCUUGGCCCGUCAUCCAUUGCAGGUGACCCGCACAAAAUUGCCAAAUAUCUCUCGGACCUGUUCCCGAACCUAGAAUCUAUAGAUUGCGAUGCGGAGGAUCCAAGGCAUAGAGCAGCAUGGGAGGAAGCAGAACGCCACCUGCCGGCAUUUGCUGCGACUCGGACUGCCCAAAGGGCCAAAGGUCCUCCUAUCCCCCGAGUGAUACAUCAUCAUGUCAGAGGAAGGGACAAGUAG